GUCUCUUUCCGGUCGGGGUCAGUCUAUCACACAUCAACAAGGGAGAUAAACUAUUUCUCUCCAUAGCAGUCUGUUCCCAUAAAUACCUCCACUGCUCGCUACCACCUACCAGAAUGAAUGUGGGUGUGGCACACAGUGAGGUGAACCCAAACACUCGGGUCAUGAACAGUCGAGGGAUCUGGCUGACCUAUGCACUUGGUGUUGGAAUACUUCACAUCGUGCUCUUGAGCAUACCCUUCUUUAGCGUGCCAGUGGUGUGGACUCUAACUAAUGUCAUACACAACUUUGGAAUGUAUGUCUUUAUGCAUGCAGUGAAAGGCACACCUUUUGAGACCCCCGACCAAGGAAAAGCCAGACUUCUUACGCAUUGGGAACAGCUUGACUACGGCGUGCAGUUCACUUCAUCUAGAAAGUUUUUCACCAUCUCCCCAAUCAUUCUAUACUUCUUGGCAAGUUUCUACACAAAGUACGACACGACACACUUCGUCAUAAACACAGCCUCACUUUUGAGCGUCCUGAUCCCCAAGCUGCCACAACUACACGGAGUCAGACUUUUCGGCAUCAACAAGUAUUAAGUUAUUGUAAAUGCUGUGCCUCAUAGCAACAGAAGUUGAUUCCUGUGUAGUCUUUACCGCCGAUGUGUGUACUAAGUCGUACAGUUUGUGUAAACGUCACUGUCGUCGUUUAGAUGUCAGGUUUAAGAUGAAAUGUUAAAAAACAAACAGGAGUAGGUUUGUAGAUGACAGGAUGCCAUAUGCAUUACUAACUUAUGUGAAUAUUUAAUAAUGUAUUUUUGGCCUGUGUAGACCUGGGCUGGCCCAGGCAUCAGCAAGGCUUUUGGUUGAGUUUAUUAUUUUUCUUUCUGUCUUUGCUCUCAGUUCACAUGGCAACACAAAUUGUCAGUAUGAGUCUGUUUCUAACAACAAAAGAUGUCCCAAAUGUAUUUUUCAAAGAUGUUUACUUCCUAAGGGUAGGAGCCUGUGGCUCGUUGUUUAUUGGUACACUCUCAUUUUGUAAUGGGUGUCAAACUUAUUCAUGCUGAGUGACGAAUGGAAUCAUAUUCCUUAUUUGCAUGAUUUCCUUGGUAUGUGAAUCAUUUCUCAUUUGUAACUCAAUCAAAGUAGGGCAGGCUUUUUUUUCAUUGUACAGUUUUUUUUUGUGAAUGUUAUGUCCUGUAUGUAGAAAUGAGACAAAUUAUUGUUGUCAGGUUAAGUGUUUACUGAGGGAGGUCUACAGUGUCCGUGUGAUAAACUUACAUUCAUGUAGCUGCUCUCUUUAGAUUAUGACUUUUUGCUACCAAUGCAGCUAGUCCUGCUUUGUUUGGCCAUAGCUCAUAGUACUCUUGAGAGUUCUUGUUCUUAACCUUAUUAAAAUGUUUGUGCCCUCA